CAACAGCAAGAAGAGCAGCAGCAGCAAGAGUCACAGGAGCAAGAAAAGCAUGUGGAACAGCAGCAGCAACAAGAGUCACAGGAGAAGGAACAGCAGGAGCAGCAACAGCAAGAAUCACAGGAGCAGGAACAGCAUGUAGAACAGCAGCAGCAGCAAGAGUCACAGGAGCAGGAAAAGCAUGUGGAACAGCAGCAGCAGCAAGAGUCACAGGAGCAAGAAAAGCAUGUGGAACAGCAGCAGCAGCAACAAGAGUCACAGGAGAAGGAAGAGCAGGAGCAGCAACAGCAGCAAGAGUCACAGGAGCAAGAAAAGCAUCAGCAGCAAGAGUCACAGGAGCAGGAAAAGCAUGUGGAACAGCAGCAGCAGCAAGAGUCAGAGGAGAAGGAACAGCAUGUGGAACAGCAGCAACAGCAACAGCAAAAAUCACAGGAGAAGCAACAGCCUGUGGAACAGCAGCAGCAACAACAGCAAGAAUCACAGAAGCAGGACCAGCCUGUGGAACAGCUGGAACAGGAGAAGAAGGUCUUGGGUCAGCAGCUGGAUCAAGAGCUAGCAAAGAAAGAUGAGAAACUGGGAAAGAAAGGGGAGCAGCUGCUGGAGCAGCAGGAGGAGUCACUGAAGCAGCCUCUGCUUGUCCCAGCUCCUGGCCACGUCCAAGAGAACAACCCAGUCCAGCCAGAAGUCUUGCCCGCUGAAGAAGCAGGAGUGUCCCCCAAAGAUAAGUGACCACCCCCAGUGUCCCAGAGGCCCCUGGAAGUCCCACAAAAGUGAAGAGAGAGCCAGUGGCCUGGCUUACGUCCAGUCCCCAGCCUGGGUGGCGCACCUUAUCUGUGAACCUGCCUGACCCUGACCUUCUGCAUGUCUCUGGGAUAGGGCUUGGGGUGGGGGAAGGGAGCUAUUGCCAGCACCCACCCCUGAUGAGCACAAUCCCAACCUCAGGUGGCCAGAGCCUCUGCUUGAAGAGACAGUGACUACAGCAACUCUGACUGUAUCCCCACUACCAUUGUUGAAUCUGUGAGUGCAUAUAAUACAGAAUAAAUGCUGGAUGGCCUGGGA